AUGACGGACGCAGGGCGGCGGUCUACUCACGCGCGUCGUUCGGGCGUCUUCAAUGACCAGGAUGUGGCUGAUCUGUUUAACCACUACAACCAGAACAGCAGCAGCAACAACAACAACAACAACCACCUGCAACCCCCCGCCCGCAGCUUACGCUCCGCCAACUCGCGCUACUCGCUCAAUGAACAGUUUGCAGCCACGCGGAGGGAAUACGAGUUUGGAUUUGACGAUGCCGCCUCUUCUUUCAUGGACCUCAGCAUGUACGGCCCGCAGAGUCAGGGCCACGAUGUAGAAGAUUCCGAGCGUGCCGAAAACCUUCACGUCAGCCGGGACUACUUUGAACUGCUAUGUAUCCCUCGACAUGCGCCGACCAGGGAGCAGGUCCGCCGCGCAUACUUUCGCCUCUUCAGGCUGCUCGACUCAGAGUCGCAGCCAAAGCAGAUGAGGGCUGUCGCUGCCAUCUACAUGGCCGACGUCCAGGAUGCCUUUGAAACUCUGGUGGAAGAUGCGAGAAGGGAGAGGUAUCUGGAGGAUCUGCUGGCCGAGGAAGAUGGUCAGGAAAUUGACGAGGCCGACGAGCCAAAGACCGAUGCGGUGGCCGGACCAAAGCAGCAGUCGAUCCUGCCAGCGCAUUUCCCGUCCUCCACGGACCUCGGCGUCAGGUUCAUCGCAGAGAGAGACCGAUCCUCGUCUCGGCAACCUGCAUCGGCCCAGAAACUGCCCUCGGUCACGCCUCUGGACUUCUGCAUCGGCCACUCGACAUCGUUGCCGCUGCCAUCGCUGGGCCGUCUCCUGGCCGCCGGCAUCCACCGUAUCCAGGCCGCCGCUCACUCCGAGUCCUUGCGAGCCACGGAUCAAGAAAAGCCGCCUGAAAUCGCCCCGAUACUCAGGACGGCCCCUGUACUUAUGCUCACAGCCGCGUCAUAUGGCCUCGCGCGUGAUUUGACCACCGUGCCUCCUGCGCUGCUCACCGACCGCUACCAACCACUCCUCCCAGAAGCCCUGCCACGGAACCGCAUGGCUCAGCUCCUCGGGGGUCGGCCUUCACCCUUGGUCAAUUUGCGUCUCAGGCAAGACCUCUUUUUGAACAAGGGCGUCGACGAUGGCGGGCCAAGUGCUGUCGUGGAGUUGGAGUCUGAGAUAUUCCCUCAGCCAGGCCUGACGGGACGCCUUGCGCGCACCAUCCACCCUCGGGGGCACACACAACCGUUAAAUCUAGAGUUGAUGGUCAGCACCACUCCGACGGCUCUUUCACUGCGCCCACCCAGGGCAGGCAUCGCUCUGUCGAGAAGACUUGGAUUCGGGACGGGGUUCUUUUGCGCAGACAGCGGCGAUUUCUUUCGGCCUUCUCAGGCCAGAGCCAUCGACGACACCACCACCUGCGCUGGAUUUCCGCAGUUCUCAAAGGAGCACCUCGGCCGAAGAUCAAUCUUGUCCUCUAUCAUCUCCCCGCUGCUGUUUCUGCGCACAGAGCCCACCGUGGAGGUGGGCUAUACGAGCCUUGGAACGGGUAACCUAGGCCUCCUGGGAGCGACAGGCAAACCCUUCCUGGCUCCCGCCGACAGAGGCAUCAAGGGUCUGGACCUGGAAACAAGCAGCCCCAUCACGAGCAGCAGAGGGUCGUGGACCGUCUCUGCGGCCGCCAGCCCCGGCCAAGUCGCAGGCUAUCUCCGCUACGGGCUGGACCUGGUCUCGGCCCUGCCGCAGGCGGUCUGCUCUCGCCUCCCCUUCAGACCAAGCGCCUACCACUUUGAGGUCGAACUCUGCACGGUGCGAUACCUGGCGGUUCGCGCCUUGCGCCGCACCUCUCCGCGCUCGAGCGUCGGCUUCGAGGUCGGCCUAUCGCCCGCCAGCCUCCACCUGAGUCUCUACUGGUCGCGCCUGGCCCAGCGCCUCAGGCUACCCAUCCUGCUGCGCUCGGGCAGCGGCAGCGCCGCGUCGAGGAGGUUAGUGCUUUGGGCGGUCGUCCUGCCCAUGCUUGCCCUCGCGGCGCUGGACCUGGGCCGCAAGAAGCCGCAGAGGCGCAGCGUCGCCGCCACCGCCGACCUGGUGGCCCGUCGUCGCGCCGAGGCCGACGAGCUGACGGCUGUCUUGGCCACGGGCACUCAGGCCCGCCAGACCGCCGAGCGGAUGCGCGGCGGCCUGGUCGUGCUGGCAGCAAAGUACGGAGUGCCGGGCUCCACGUAUGCGGGCAUGACCGUCUUCAACUCCGAGUACGAAGUGGCCGACGUCACCAUCGCCGUUGCGGCCUUGGUCAUCGGCGCGGACCAGGAAGACAGGCCCGGGUCCCUGCACAUCCCUCAGGGGUUGCGCAAAAGCAGGCUCGUCGGGUUCUGGGAUCCGGCCCCUGGCCAGACAAAGGUGCUCCAGGUCAAGUAUAUCUACCGCGGAAAGGAGGGCGUUGCGGAAGUUCGUGGACGGGACGAGUUGAGGUUGCCUCCUGUCGAAUUUGAUGAGAAAGGCAGUAUGAGCUGA